AGCUCAGAUAACAGUCCAAUCCUUGAUUCUAGUCCUGAAAAACCUCAUAAACGUCCCCCCACAUCUGCCAUGCGUAGGACUUCUUCUUCACUCUCUUCAGAUUCUACAUCAAAGGACAAAGAAAGAGAUAGGGAGAAAAAGAGAUUACGAUUUACUGCUAUCGAAACUUCGGACAACGUUUUAGGUAUAUCGGGAGAUAAAGGGUUGGUAAAAUCACCUGGGGAAAUGGAAGAAGGACGAAAGUUGGAUGAUGGAAUGAGAGGUGGUGGUUGGAGAGGUGUUCCGAAAGAUCAAAGAGAUUAUUUGAGGAGUGAUCCGGGUACACCUAAUCUGGUAGAGACAGCCAACCAAAUACGUAGAACUCUAUCCCUCGCCUCUUUAGAUAGACUUUUGAACAUGUCGAAUACAUCCAGUCGGGAUCAACUCCUGUUAGAGGUAUCUCGAGCUGGGAGGGAUUUAGUAUGGAGAAAGAAAGACGAACGACAGGUUUAUCCUGAAGAUGGGGAGAGAGCGGGUGUGCUCGCUUUGAAACGAGGUCUUCGCUCAUUCAUACUUGCUUUCUCCACCAGAGCAGGUGUCAACGUCCUUCUUAUGCUAUUCCGAACAUUUCGACGAAAACCCCUCCGUUUGGCUCUUUUCCGACACGCAAUUUUCGGUCCCGAACCAUUCCGUUUCGGAGCGAUGAUAGGUACUUUCACUUUCUUAAACACUCUCACGUUGCAUUUAUUGCGCUUGGCUCCGCCAUGGUCAUAUUAUCGACGACGGAUACGCGCGGGAUUGUUCAUUCGACCUACUUUUGGACCACCUGAACGUGAGGGGCCUGAGGGAGAGAGAAGGUGGCAAGCCGCUGUGGCGGGUGCAGUAGGAAGUUUGGGGUUGUUGUGGGAGGCAAAAAGUAGGAGAGCAGGGGUUGCUCAGCAACUCCUCGUGCGAGGCCUUCAAGCAUCAUACAAUCAAUACACCCCCCAAUUCGGUAUCCACAUCCCUUAUGGCGCCCUCUUGGUGUUCGGAUUAUGCAGUGGUCAAAUCAUGUAUUCGUGGCUAUUGAAUCCCGAGACCAUGCCAAAAGAGUACAAUACUUGGAUAGGCGCUGCUUCGCAACUUCCCCCGUACGCAGUGGUAGCCAAUCGGACAAUCGAAAAGUUGGGAGUGUUGGAAUCUUCCAUCGUCCAGAGAGCUUUGAGUCACGAGAGCGUCACACCGACCAACGCUACGAUCCUUCGAUCAAUAGCGGAACGUCUCAAACUAGGCUGGCAACCGGAUGUCAUACCCUGCGAGGUGAUGCAUCCUUGGUUGGAUUCAUGUGUCCAAACUGACAUUCGGAGGUUCUUUUCAGUCUUUAGAUUCAUGUUACCGGUAUAUGGUGCACUUCACAUCAUUCCUACUCUCGUACUCCGUUCUCAUAAAGUCAGACAAUCACCAUUGAAAAUGUUAGCUAGGAUGAUAUGGGGUAUCAUCCGAAGUUGUUCUUUCUUAGGGACUUUUGUCAUGAUCGAACAGACACUCAUGUGUCUACGUACCAACAUGGUUUCACAGGUCUCGCGUCAAAGUCUUUGGGCUAGAUUGAUGAAACGUAAAGAGUUUUUCUGGUUGUUGGGAUUUAGUACCUGUCUCAGUCUUUUAUUAGAAGAAAAGAAACGUCGUGCCGAGCUGGCCAUGUACGUCUUACCCAGAGCUUUGGAAAGCGCUUGGUCGUCCGCGCGCAGGAGAGCUUGGGUACCCAUCGUCCCGUUCGGAGCCAACCUUAUGGGUGCCGCAGCUAUGGCCAUGUUGAUGGAUUCUUAUAAACAUUCACCCGAGUCAAUGUCAGGUAUAGUCAAAGGAUUGUUGUAUCAAUUAGUCGGACCAAUAUGAAGUCCUCUCAACCUUAUGUCUCAUGUCAUGAUUACCACCAGUCGACUACGAUUAGUUUUUCAUUAGUCUAAUAAAUGAGCAAACGAAAGUGAUGCAUCCCAUCAAAUCA